GCCGCCUCGAAGACAGAGCCGUGCCGACAGCCUAACCAUCAGGAACGUUGAUUUUUUUUUUUUUCUCCCCCCGUUCACGACGUCCCGACCCAAGUGUUUCGUCGCGUGUGAUCGACCGGUGCACGUCUCUCGUUUCCUAUUUUCCACCGAUCUCAUUUUCUUUCCCCUUUCUUUCCUUACCGGUUUAUCACUCUGCUCGAUUUACGGUUCGCGAAGUUUCACACGAAAGUUCGAACGGGGUAGCAGUGAUAAGCGAGUGAUUAGAGAGCUGGUGAACCGACCAACCCGGAAGCUGAGUUCGAUAUCAAGUGGAUACACGGACAAGGUAAUUGGAUUACUUUUUUAUUAAACACGGUGCCUAAGCUACUUCCUUAGACAACUUUGAUGGGGUCGUCUGCGAUCGGCACGAUGGCGGCUGUGGCCACGAGCGUGACGUUGAUGACCUUGAUCUCCGUCUCUCAGGCAGCCCUGGCUAGGACAGCGUUCGAGAAGUUAACGGACUACGACUACCGUGGAACGACUUAUUACAGCGUGAGGAACCUGUCCUUGUACGAGUGUCAGGGAUGGUGCCGGGAAGAGGCUGAAUGUCAGGCAGCGGCGUUCUCGUUCGUCGUAAAUCCUCUGGCGCCGAUGCAGGACACCCUGUGUCAGCUGCAGAACGAAACGGCCGCGACGAAUCCCGCGGCCCAACCGCAAAGAGCCGCGAACAUGUAUUACAUGACGAAGCUCCAAAUCAGAUCAGAAAACGUAUGUCUCCGUCCGUGGUCGUUCGAACGAGUCCCGAACAAGAUGAUCCGCGGUCUGGACAACGCGUUGAUCUACACGUCGACGAAAGAAGCUUGUUUAGCCGCUUGCUUGAACGAGCAUCGUUUCACCUGUCGUUCCGUCGAGUACAAUUACGUAACCCUGCAAUGUCACCUGAGUGACUCGGAUCGAAGAACGACAGGCCAGUACGUGCAAUUCGUGGAUGCCCAGGGUGUCGACUACUUCGAAAAUUUAUGCCUGAAAGGAAAGGAAGCUUGCAAGUCGCAGAGAAUCUAUCAAAUGCCUCGAAUCGGCGUUGCCGAUGACAAGGUUGCGCAGUACGCAGGAUUGCAUUAUUACACGGACAAAGAGCUUCAGGUUCAGAGCGAAUCAGCGUGCAGAUUGGCAUGCGAGAUCGAGAACGAGUUCCUUUGCAGAUCUUUCUUGUAUCGAGGCGCUCCUCAGGGAUCCGCCUAUAACUGCCAGCUAUUCCAUCUUGACCAUUGGACUCUUCCCGAUGGCCCUUCCACCUACCUGAACGCGGAGCGUCCUCUGAUCGAUAACGGUGAAAGGGUUGGAACGUACUUCGAGAACUAUUGUGAAAAGGGAACAGGUCCGGUCGCCGAUCCGCUUCCGGUCGUUUUCGAAACCACGGAAGAUCCUACGAUAAACAAUCUAACUAGGAACGAUAUCAACUGCGACAAAACUGGAACCUGCUACGAUGAAGAUAUGAUUUCAGUGUCGGUGGACUGCAAAGACACUCGAAUAGCCGUUCAGGUUCGCACAAACAAACCCUUCAACGGUCGCAUUUACGCCCUGGGUCGUUCGGAGACUUGCAACAUAGACGUUAUCAACAGCGAUCUCUUCAGGCUCGACUUAACCAUGAGCGGUCAAGACUGUAACACUCAAAGCGUGCGUGACGGUUUUCAGACUGGAAUCUAUUCGAACACGGUCGUCCUUCAACACCAUUCCGUGGUGAUGACCAAGGCCGAUAAGAUUUACAAAGUGAAAUGUACCUACGACAUGUCGUCGAAGAACAUCACCUUCGGAAUGAUGCCGAUCAGGGACCCGGAAAUGAUCAGCAUCACCAGCGCGCCGGAAGCCCCGCCGCCAAGGAUCCGAAUCCUCGACAGCAGGACCAGGGAAGUCGAGACUGUUCGCAUAGGGGACAAACUCACCUUCAGAAUCGAAAUCCCGGAAGACACUCCCUAUGGAAUAUUUGCGCGAAGCUGCGUGGCUAUGGCAAAAGACUCGAAGAGCACUUUCCAAAUCAUCGAUGACGAGGGAUGCCCUGUCGAUCCAUCAAUCUUCCCCAGUUUCACCCCAGACGGAAACGCACUUCAGUCCGUCUACGAGGCAUUCAGAUUCACCGAGUCUUACGGCGUGAUCUUUCAGUGUAACGUCAAGUAUUGUCUAGGACCCUGCGAGCCGGCUGUCUGCGAAUGGGGACGAGAAUCGGUUGAAUCGUGGGGUAAGAGACGUCGAAGAAGCAUUACAAACGCCACGGAGGAGAAAGCAGAGGACAUGACGUUGUCGCAAGAAAUUCUGGUUCUCGAUUUUGGAGACGAGAAACAGUCGGAGUUCCUGAAGAGCGACGCUAGCAUAGACUUCAACGAAGCAGAUAAAACAGUGACCAUAGUGGAACCAUGUCCAACGAAGACAUCCGUCUUGGUUCUGGGUGUGACGUGUGCUCUUUUGGUGCUCAUCUACAUUUCCACGAUCUUCUGCUAUUACAUGAAGAAAUGGUUGUCGCCCCGUAAAAUGAUGCCCUGAAAUCUUUCCGUCCGCGACUCGAUAUCCGGUGAGGCGAUGGAAGUAGCUGGAAGGAAAAACUCUUGGAUCAAGUGCCUUGAAACAGAGCCGCGUACGCUCGCUCGUGGAAAAAUUGCGACUUGUCUGCUGCCAUUUGCAACAUUACUCACGGUUCGCGUGAAACGUGCUUCCGGGAAGCAACGCGUCCGGUUUUUCCAAACGAGCCGCUGGCAAUCGCUCGUCGAGACGAUACGAUUUCUGCUUUGUCGCGAGAUUUCGCUCGUAAUUCGAAAGGAACGCGUACUAUUUUCGCGUCGAAUUUAAUUCUAUCUUUUUGCUAACAAUUCGCCUCUCGAUCGAAUCCCAACACAGAUGCCCUGCUUAGCCUUCCGUGACUCUAAGACAUAAUUUAAAAAGCAAACUAUCGCCGGGUGCGAGAAGGAAAAUCAGGGGCAUCUCUAAAAAAAGAAAGCUUCGGUUCAUUCGGAGAUGUGUGCACGGCGAAAGUCACAAGUUGCCGAUUGUGCAAGAAGUCGUGAAGGGGAAUUCUUUUUCGUCGGCGAUGUUAAAGCGCACUCAUUAUAGAACACUUUAAAUACAAUAUAAUUUUACACAGCGGCAUUUAGCGGUGAUCGCAGGUGACGAUGAGAGUCACGUCGCGUGAACGCUUGUGCAACGCUCAGUUGAGGAUCGAUUUCGAAUACGACGAUAGGAAAUAGGCGACGUAUCGCUUUCAAGAAUAUCUUAACAGGACAACAGCUCUUAUACAUUUUAACACGGAUCUUAUUUUUUUUUUCUUUCUUUUUUUUACGUCUGAUCAUUCUACUCAUUUUAUGACAAAAUACUUAUCGUGCAUAUCGGAUCUUCUCUAGAUCGCAACGGGACGAAGAUCGCAGGGAUUUUGCGUGCAAUAUACAAUUUCGUGGCGAGUCGCGGAACGUUUGAUUUUCUCGAGGACGAUGAAACGAUCGGUUACGAAGAAACAACUUUUCUCCUCGUAUCGAGAAAAAUACAUAUUCAUAUCAAUUGAUAUUAGAUCGUUGCAGAUGAAAUGGCCGAUUUAUUCGGAAAACGUUUCAUGGUUUAUUUUGAACAGUCAUUUUAUACGAAUCGGUAAGCUGAAACUUUAAACGUUAAGAUUGAAACUGACGUGGUAUAAAUGUUAUUUAUUUUUAUUUAUUUACGAAAUCGGUCAUUUGUUAUGCAACAAUCCGAUACAUUCGACUUCCAUUGCUUUCGACUGAACACGAAUUGUUCCUCGAUCCGCGAAUCGCUGGGUUCUUUCUUUUUUUUUCUGUACGAACAACCAGGGAUAUCCUGACGACAAACGUUGUAAUAAGUACACUUUUUAUUUAAGGACAUUUUUAGACACUGCUAACGGUCUUAUUCCCUUAAAAGGGCUACUUCUGAUCGGGUUGCAAAGAGAGCAAGGUGAUACGAGCGACGCUAUAUCUAUCCUCUUGCGUCGCUCAAUAUGAAAACCACCGCGGAUCUUUCCAAAUCGUUGCCGUCCGUGAUAAAUGGCCGCCGCCCCCCCCCCCCCCUUCCUCUCCCUUUUUCGAUCACACGAUCGUUCGCCACGGCCCUGCUCACCUUUUUCCGCGGAAAUCGACUUGUAACCCGUAUCAAGACUAGCGAUAUUUAAAGGUUCACGCUUCACUAACGUCUCUAACGAUACAAUUAGCGUUUAAGGUAGGAGAUAAACGGAACAGCAUGUAGGCAUAGGUAAAGAAGGCGAGAGAGAGUAGUUUUCUUUCUUUUCUUUUUUUUUUUUAAUCACGAGAAACAAUCUCGAUUUUAAUAACGGUGGUACUUUUAUCCAUAUCGUUCGCUUUUCCACUCAACGGACGAUUACAGUUAUCAGGUGCAUAGGAUAAAGGUGGGAGAUAUGAACGUACACACUUUCAUUCAAAAUCAUAGUUUUUUUAUUGAGUGAAAUUAUUACACUUUCUACAGUAGUGGUCAUUUGAAUUAGCUUGUUAAAUUAAAAGAAUCACCCUUCGAGGGUGAUCGCUUUCUCGUACUUAAAAAAAAAAGGGGGGUAAAGGAGCAACAGUUGCAAUAAAUAUAACCAGGUACUUAAAAAAUUUACAUUUAUUCGUAUCUUAGACUGUUUCUGACUGCAUUUACAUCGGUAUGAAAUGGAUUCUGACAAGAUGAAAUAAAACAAGUGUAUAUAUAAUUGGAUUGCAGUAGGUGUUCAGAGUGGAGACACAACAUACACGCAUCAAUAUCACAUGUAUUUGUACUCUAUUUAUGUACGCGAAUAUUUUAAUAAUUAAACGAAGAACAAUCUCGAUA